GAUUGUGUCUGCAUGCGCCUGUGUGGAUUCUAAUCCACAGGAAAUUGAUCGCCACAACAAACGGACAAGUGGUCAGAGUACAGCCAAACACUAACGAUGGAUUUGAAGCUUUUCAUAAAUACAAUGCUGAUUUGUUUCCCGAUGUGGCAGGGUCUUGUUCAUUCAGAUCCUAGUGAGUGUUUGGGAGCCAAAGCAUCAUCAUGUGGAGAAUGUAUACGCAUUGGAAAGGAUUGCGGAUGGUGCACAAAGGAUGAUUUCUUACAACCAGGAGAAUUGACAUCAGCACGCUGUGAUGAUAUAGAAGCUCUGAAAAGUAGAGGAUGUACGAUGGAAAAUAUUGAAAAUCCCAAAGGUUCAUGGAGACUGGAUAUCAAUAAACCUCUGACUGCCCGUGUGAUGAUAGAGUCGGAAGACAUCAUACAAAUAGCACCACAAAAGCUAACCCUAAACUUACGAUCAGGAGAACCGCAAACCUUCUCAUUGUAUAUUAAGAGAGCUGAAGAUCAUCCCAUCGAUUUGUAUUUUCUUGUGGAUCUCUCAUUUUCUUCGGAGAAUGAUUUGGAAAACAUGAAGAUGUUGGGAAUUGCAUUGAAGAAGGAAAUGAGGAAGAUAACGUCUGAUGUCAGAAUUGGGUUCGGUACAACAGAGGAAACUCCUUGCCCGGCUGGUAAAAAGUGCACAGGUCAAUCUCGCUUCAGAAAUGUGCUGCCUUUAACCAACGAUAUGGCAGAAUUCGACAGAAGUGUACGCAAGCUGGCCAUUAGUGCAGGCCUGAAUUCUUCAUCACGGGCUGUUGAUGGUAUAAUGCAGGCUGCUGUCUGUGGGGAUAUAAUUGGUUGGCGGCAUGCCACGCGACUCCUGGUCUUCUACAGUAACACGGAACUUCACUUUGCGGGAAAUAACACACGUGGUAGAAGAUUGCCCAGUGAUGGGAACUGCCAACUUGACACUCAGGGUGUCUACAUCUCCGGUCACCAUCAGAGAUAUCCGUCCAUUACUCGAUUGGCACGGAAGCUUAACGACAAUAAAAUCCAGCUUCUCUUUGUGGUUAAGGAAGAGUUCAAAGAUGCCUACAAGGCGCUCCAAGUAUACAUUCAAAAGUCUGAAGUUGGACUUCAAACAUCAAACUCCAGAAAUGCAACCGGGUUGAUUGAUGUUUAUCAAGCUUUGGCUUCUAAGGUAAUUCUUGAUAACAGCAAAUUGCCCAAAGGAGUUUCAAUGCAUUACACAGCCUACUGCAAGAAUAAUAUCAAUCAAACAGGGGAACAUGGCAAGAAGUGCUCAGGCAUUCAAGUUGGUGAAGAGGUGCGAUUCACUAUAAGUAUCACAGCCAAAACAUGCCCAGACAAUGGGCGGACAGCAGCUAUCGAAAUUAAACCACUGGGAUUUCACACGAAUGUUGAAAUUACACUGAAGUUUGCGUGUGACUGUGAUUGUGAAAAGCACAGAAACAGAAUGAUGAAUAGCCCCCUGUGUACCCAUGGUAAUGGACUUCUUGUGUGUGGAGCCUGUAGAUGUAGCGAAGGUUAUUUUGGGGAAUCUUGUGAACGCAGAGCUGAUGAAAUAAAUAUCGAGGAUGCGGACGCUUCAUGCAGGCAUGAUAACACAUCUCUAAUCUGCAGUGACAACGGGGAUUGUGUCUGUGGGGAAUGUGUGUGUAGACGGAGGGAUAACCCUGAUGAAAGAAUAUUCGGCAAAUAUUGUGAAUGUGACAAUUUUAGUUGCUAUCGAUCCGAUGGCCUGCUUUGUGGAGGAAAUGGUGCUUGUGAUUGUGGAGUGUGUCGCUGCUCGCCAGGUUUUACGGGCAAUGCCUGUGACUGUUCGUUGGAUGUGUCAUCGUGUGUCUCAGCCAACGGCAUGUUAUGUAACGGCCAAGGAGUUUGCAAAUGCGGGAAAUGCACGUGCACAGGCCCAAAGUUUCAGGGGCUAACUUGUGAGCAAUGCCCCACUUGUGAAGGUGUCUGCUCCAUUCAUAGGUACUGUGUUCAAUGUAAAACCUUUAACAGCGGACCCAAAAAAGAUACCUGUGAUCAGUGCAAGUUUGAAGUAAGCUUGGUGGAGCGCAAGGUUCUGAUGUCACAACCGAUUUGUGCGUUUUGGGAUGCGGACAAUGGCUUGUUCUACUUCUCGUAUUUUGUCAACGACCAAAAUAUUCCAAUGGUUAAUGUGUUCCUACCCUAGAUCAAAGCUGACUCUGUAGUGCUCCAGCAGUCUCCUGGAGUCCCUCGUGUCUCCAUCCGAAGUUAAUUGUUGCAAUCACAAGGGAUUUGUGGAGCAGUGCUUCCUCUCGUUAUGGUUUUAAUUGGCCUGCAAAUAUGCUCUGAGGAGAUCACACCUUAUUAUUGUCAUGUAUGAAUCGGUGGGUACAGAUUUUUUGUUAUAAAAUUAAAAAUUAAAAGUUCAAUUUUGUCGUUCAUGAAA